ACAUGUCUGUUGCCAUAUGACGUCACGCGCGAACAGCGCUACUGGGUCCUCAGCGCUGACUGGCCCGCUAGCCCACGUGCGCGAAUGGCUACCUCUGAUUGGCUGACGCCAGCGCGGGGGAUGGGUGCAGAGUUAGCAGACGAGAACUGUAAAAAAGUGAGGGACAGGCUGUGAAUGUAAUACUGCUUGUCAAGGAAUUUCGGCGUGACCCACUGGGUUUCUGCCAGCGAGCUGCAGCAAGUGCACACGAUAAAGGAAAGUCGACGUUGUUACGGAGACGGUGAAAGGAAAGCUUUCAUGUUUGCAUGGAUGUGUGUUGUCGAAGUUUGAAUAUCACUCGACUGGCAACGAUUCACAGGAACCUCGCAUUGGCCUCCGCAAAAGAUCGUCGAAACUCAUAACAAGUGUUUUUUGAACUCCUUCUAAAGUGUGUCAAGUAUUACAUCAGCGGCUAGCAAAGGAGUAAUUAGCGCCUUUGAUCGGAUAAACAUCACUGAAGAGGUUGUCAGAAAAAAUAAACCUCGGAAAUCUCUCCUUCGGAAUGUCGACAACCUGACGGCUUAGGGAAGUCAGGGGACACGAGAAAGAGUGACAGGCAAUGCUGAUGCGGGCAAGAAAAGGUAUGCUUACUUUGCUGGGACUGGUGUUGACUGGACUGGUUCUGACCCUCGAAACAUGCGAAGGCAAAGUGUAUAUGAGUGUAUCCCCGUAUCCCGCGAGAGUUUACGAGAAUGCCCCGGCGGGUGUGCAAGUGCUGACAGUUAAGGCCUACGACAACGUCACAGGAACACCCGUGACGUCAAUAGAGCUUGAAAAAAUUAGCGAUGCCGAAUACUUUAGAAUAGGCAGUGAUGGGAUUCUUGAAACAGCUAAAAAGAUAGACAAACCCUUGCGGUACAGGUUCCAGUUCUUCGUCUUCGCCAUCAUGCCCGCCAGCUUUGAGGUGGAGUACAAACACGUCAUGGUGGAAAUCUCCUCGAAGAACAUGUACCCUCCGACAUUCUCACAGUCUGUUUAUAACUUCUGCCUGUACCGCUACGCUGACCCCGGACUGGUUAUCGGUUCUGUCAACGCUACGGACUUGGAUACAGACCAGUUCAACAGCCAUUUCGUCAUCUACCCUCAGGGCGGCCAGUCUGCCCUCUCUUACGUGCAGGUCAGGUCCUCCGGAGAAAUGGUUCUCAAUGCGACACCACCGCAAAGCCAGUCGCUGCUUCAGCUGGUCCUUCUGGCUAUUGACAGCGGCUCUCCGCGACUCACUGGAAACGCCACUGUGUACAUCGCGAUAGAGGAUGUCAAACAACCAGACACGUUUUGCCUGGCAACGACAGACAAGGACACCACGCUGUGUUGGAAGAACCCAAUGCCAGGACGAAACUUCACUGGCUUCCAAGUACAGGUCCAUAACCAAAACCUAACCUUGACCUUUAGCCUCUUAGUUGAUCCCACGUCGCCGAGUUCUGCUUCACCAGCGACAGGAUGGUGGCCGAUGAAAGCUACACCUUUCGAGUCACCGUGACCCCUAAUGCGUCAUCGACAACCUGCGAACUAGAGCUCUCUUUCGUCAAGCUGGGGCCAGGAUUUUCACUAGACUGCGUGGAGAAACACUUCCAAGCCUGCAGUUUUCUAAGACCAUGCAGGAACGGAGCAACGUGUAUACCCGGUGGGGGUGGAGGACUGAACUACACGUGUAGCUGCCCUUCCGGGUGGCAAGGCAUCAACUGUACUCAGGAAGAUCUGUGCACACAGAUUCCUUGCCAAAAUAAAGGCAAGUGCAUUUUUCAAGGUCACCAGCGCUAUACCUGUGUUUGUCCCGAGAAUUUCUUUGGUGAUGUCUGCCAGCAUCGGAACAUUUGCUCAGCUGACAGCCCGUGCCAGAAUGGAGGGAGCUGUCACACCUUUGACAACGGCACGUACUCCUGUUCUUGUCCUGACCACUUCACUGGAACAAACUGCUCUCUUCCUGACCCGUGCUCUCCGUCCCCCUGCGGAACUGGAGGAGAUUGUAUUAAGGUGUCUGAGACUGAAGCAAACUGCUCGUGCUAUACCGGUCGUUACGGCUCGACGUGCAGCGAGGUUAACAUCUGCGAGCUCGACUCCCCCUGUCGUCACGGCCAGUGUAUUAGCCUCGGAAACAGUUCAUUCACCUGCAACUGCACGUCUUCCUAUACGGGUGCGUUCUGCGACACAUUCAACCCGUGCUCUUUGAAUCCGUGCCAGAACAACGCCACCUGUCACUUUCAUAACAACGGUCAGUACAAUUGCACUUGUUCACCGGGUUACUAUGGUGAUGAAUGCCAGCACUACAAUCGUUGCUACGGAAACCCCUGCAAUAAAGGCAGCUGCAAUGAGAAUUUGGCAGAGCCGUUAUGCAGCUGUCCUUUAAAUUACGACGGUGACUACUGCGAGCGCUAUGAUCCUUGUUUAAAUGACCCUUGCGGAGGUCACGGAGAGUGCGUGGUACUGCCUAACAACAUGACUCAAGGAGGAGGUGCGGACUUCGAAUGCCGCUGUACAUCAUCAUGGUUUGGUGUCCAUUGUGAGAAUGUCAACAGCUGCUUCCUGAAUGUUUGUAAGAACGGCGCGAAGUGCGAAAAUGAACAGCCAAACAAGUUCAGAUGUACGUGCAGUCCCGGCUUUUAUGAGGCAGACUGCUCACGGUACAAUCCUUGCGAGGCUCCCCCUGGCGGCGUUCCUCUGUGUAAGAAUGGCGGCAAGUGCUACAACACUUCGGACGGCAACUUCAGCUGCGCUUGUGAACAGGGAUAUUUUGGUCCUCAGUGCCAGAGGAAAGACCCCUGCUCAUCUUCACCUUGCACAAAUAAUGGCACCUGCACCAGCUUGACGGACACUCAGUUCAGCUGCACGUGUAGUGAGGAGUACACUGGCGACCUCUGCCAGCUCCGUAAUCCGUGUUACAAGAAUCUCUGCCAGAAUGGAGGACUCUGUCGCUGGAGACCGGAAGCCGGAGAAAACAUUAGCUGCGCAUGCCCUGAGGGUUAUCUGGGCUAUUACUGUCAGAUCCGCGAUCCUUGCUACGAGAACGAUGAGGCCUUAUCCCUGUGUGGGCAUGGAUCCUGUCAAGCAGUUAACAGAUCGCUGGCGUCGCAGAUUAAGGAGAACAUAGAGGAGGUGGAUUUUCUGUUUUUAUGUCGUUGCUACUCUGGAUUCACGGGAAGCAGGUGCGAGGAUCCCGUGUCCCCGUGUGUUGACCAAGUCUGCCUCAACAAUGGAAACUGCCAGCAUGGCAUCUGUGUUUGUCCACCCCUAUUCACAGGUUCCAGAUGCGAAACGCAGUUAUCACCUUGUGACCUUGACCCCUGCGGACCGGGCCUGCGAUGUCAGAACUCGGGGACAUCCUACACGUGUAUCUGCUUAAAUGGACAAACACCGCCAUUGUGCAAACCAGUGUGUCGUGAGGAAGUCACAUAUAGUACGAAAACUGGUCGCUUUAAGUGGCCACAGACAGGUGUAGACGAAAAUGCGCGAGUUUUCUGCCCAUUCGGAGGCAAGAUGGGCAACGAGAGUGUUGCCACACGGAAAUGCUUGUCGGCAAGUGGAGGCAACGCCAUCUGGGCUUCGUAUAAUGACAGCGACUGCAGAGAGCUUGACCUCAUGGAGGCUGGUCGCAGACUCUCUCUGCUGAAAAACUUGACCUCAACUCCAUCCUCGCUGGGAGCUACGGACGUGGACAACAUUACGUCAGCCCUAGAGGAGCUGUACAGCUUCACGCUGAUGGAGCAAAGCAUUGCAGAAGAUUUGAUGAACGUCAUCAGUAACCUUGCUGACGUCAACAGCUCCAUCACUAUCAUCAGCAACAAGAACAACGCCACCAGCGAUCGGCUGCUGAAGCUGCUCAACGAUUUUAGUGCUGAUGUCAUCGUGAAGCCUGGCAGCAACAUCACUAUGACGUCACCUAAUUUUGAAGUGGUAGCUGUUGACGUGAACGACACAGCGUCAGACGUCAUGUACAUCCCGUCCAUCGCGACAGGAGGCAGCGUUAAGCAGCUGGAUGUAACCAUCACCAUCCCCAAACAAGCUCUGGAGCUCGGCAGAGACCAAAGGACGCCACCGACCGUCACGAGGGUGCAACUCGCUGGUCACCGUAAAUCUCAGUUCUUUAUCCCCAACGACCUGGUGUACGGCAAUGACGUCAUCCAGACUAAGCCGGUGAUAACGGCCACCAUCAAGGGGAAGGAAAUCGUAAAUCUAACCUCCCCUGUCGUGUACAAAAUAAGGAAUCUGCAUGUAUCGUCAAACUACACCUGUGUCUUCUGGGACCCGGAUAAUCACGCUUGGUCAACAGAGGGUGUAGUAACGGUUUCAAAGAGCGGCGACUACACCGAGUGUCAGUCAACUCACCUCACUAGUUUUGCUGUUCUCUUGGAUCCCUCUCCUGGAUUUGCUCUCAGCAGUGCCCACGAGAUGGCGCUAACCUACAUCUCUUACAUCGGUUCGGGCCUGUCCCUCGUCUGCCUGGUGGUAACCACCUUAACCUACAGUCUCUUCAGGAGCCUGAACAAGGACAAGUCGGGCAAAAUUCUCCUGAACCUGUGUGUGGCCCUGCUGUUGCUGAACAUCGUGUUCCUGGCCAACGGACUGAGCGCCGGAAGUGACAACAGCACCAGAGCCAGCUGCACGGCCGUGGCAGUUAUUCUACAUUACCUUCUCCUGGCCUCGCUGGCUUGGAUGCUGGUGGAAGCAGUGGAAAUGUACCGAGCCCUUGUCACUGUCUUCUCCAAAUACGCGCAGUGCUACAUGCUCAAGCGUUGUGUGGUCGGCUGGGGGGCACCAGUCCUCAUAGUGGCGAUCACGUUGGGAGUUUCCAGAGAACAUUAUCAGUCCAAUGCAGACUUCUGCUUCCUGUCGAGGUCAAGCCCCAUAGCUUACUACGCCUCAUUAGUCGCCCCAGCUUGCCUCGUUCUACUCGUCAACACUAUUAUCUUCAUCAUGGUCACAAGGGUCAUCCUUAAGCCGAGGUUCCAGCAACAGAAGAAAGAUCAGGAGGGCAUUACGCCCGCACAGGUACGCGGAGCAUUCACCGUUAUGUUCCUGCUGGGAGUGACCUGGGUCUUCGGACCACUGGCCAUCAACGAGGCUAAAGUGGUUUUCAAUUACUUGUUCUGCAUCCUCAACUCACUGCAAGGCUUCCUCAUCUUCGUCUUUCGCUGCCUCUUUAACCCCGAGGCACGACUGGCGUGGGUGCAGCUGAUCAAGACGGGUACCCUUAAAAAGCGGCGAGGACCGGUUCCAUCUACAUUUUCCUCGGAUUCUUCUUCAAAGUGCGACUCUCACCUCAAGUCCAGCGCUACGGGAACGUUUCACAGUCGCCAAGGGGGCGGAGGUCACGGAGGGAGCGGAGGAGACAGCUACGUGGGUAGCACAACGACCACCAAGACCAGCCUUAUCCAGAGCAACGGUUGGCAUCCCAAGAUGAAUGGGUACGCGGGGGCACACGGCCUUGGCGACGCAGGUGACAACUUCAGAGCGCAAGACCAGCACAACCAGUCAGAAGAGAAGAGGACUGAGCAGGAAGAAAGAGACGACAGCAAAGAGGAUCCGGAGGAUGAAGAGCAGGUGAGCAGCGAACUAGACUAUGGCUCUAGCGAACUGAACAAGGGAGACGGGAAAAUUAUCUCCCCUGCCGUGGAGGCCGAUGGGAACAGAGAUGGAAAAGCCGACGGGGUUAUCAUAGAUGUGGAUGAAAAUGGGGAAAAUAUGCACGACCUUCACGAUUCUCUUGAGGAGAACCACACUGUGACGAUGGCAGAGACAACGACGACUCUGACUUCUACCAGCAGCGACAGAGCACGUGAAGAACAGGUGACGUCCUCUCACGUGACCAGCAUACAGCGUCAAGACAUCGCUGUGGUGCCUCGCUCCUCUUCUAUCCAGCACGAAUCAAGCGACGAGAAAGCGAUGCUGACCAGCUUGUGAAGUCCUAGGCAAGUGCUGACGCAAGAAAAAGUGCAUAAACUGUCAGUGACAUAAAGGAAAUCGACAUGAUCAUGUCCGUGAUAAAAGUGGGUAAAAGAUUGCUGUGCUACAUGAUCUCAGAGUCAGUGGCCAAAGCUCCACAUUUUUUUUUUUUUUGGAAAAGUCGUAUGGUGGCGCUCAAUGCUCUGUUUUCCCAUUGAAGAAGAUGAGUCACUUCUUUAUGGCAUAAGAGAGAUAUGAGGAAAACAAACCUCACUGAGGCGCAUUGAAGCGUCUGCAAACAAAGACACAUUGCUUUUCUUUUUAAAACUUUAAUAAAUUGUUUCUAAGUGAACACGCGAUAAUAACUGUCCUCGGAGGAAACUGAAGAGCAAAAGGAAAAAAAAACCAACUUCAGUCGAUUGGUCCUCAAGCAUCCAGAAGGCAGAAGCAAAGCUUACAAGACAGACCUACUGAAUGGCAAAUAAAACAUUGGACUUCUAACAAGCAGAAUUGCUUGACUUUUAAAGGCAAGUUUGAUGCGUCUAAUGUGCGGUGCACUUCAAUGUUAGGAAAGCCAUGUUGUUUAGCGGAACUCCUGAAGUUUUAAUUAUAAAAAUAAGAGUGUGUAUGUGUGUUUUCCUUCCCCAUUUCUGUGCACUGAGGAUGAAACAUUUUCAGUCGGUGAUGGCUUUAAACUGGCAGUUGAGUAUCCGGAACCUUGAGCGUGGUUCGUGCAAAGGUAUUGCUUACAAGGGCGGAAAAGAGUUUAGAGAAGUGUGGAGGUGCAUUAACUCAAUGUGAACACAUCCUGAACUAUGAAAUCACUUAACACAACGUUCUUUUCUUCGUUAUGUAUAUACACCUGGACACAGUGUACAACAGUGGUAGACCUUAGUCGUCAGUAUCUAUAGUCCGUCUAUUUGUUCAUCCAAAGAACGGUAUCAAGUGGAUUGCUGUCUGGGAUGCCUACAACGCUGUUACCCAUUCUUUUGUGACAAUGGUUGUUUUGGAUGGAUGGCUUGACUGUUAGGGUGGGGUUAACGAGACUCAGCACUCUUCAGAUGUGAUGGGUUAAAAAGCCAAAGUAACUCGGGGAAUGCCGAGGGUGAACAUGUCUCACUGAGGUCACAAGCACGAUGGCAGCAAACCAGCGAGUGACGUCAUGAAGUGUCGCGUGCAAAGCGGUUGUACGUUCGGCUUAGAAAGUGAAGCUGUUAUUAUUUUUCACAGGAUAUAUAUAUUUGUUGAUGAUGCUGCUGAAGACGUUGUGACGUUUUUGUUGUUUUUCUGCUGAUAACUAUGAUAAGUAUGCACUAUUUUCGUCAGGGAUUAAUUCUCAGAAAGUCCAGGCACUUGAAAAUAUUUAUCAGAAAUCAGGGUUGGCUGAUUGUUUAACAUCCAUACGCUCCGUGCGUGUAGGCGAAAUUUAGAAAUUAUGGGAAGGAGGGGUAAGCAAGUUGGAAGGCAACAGCUUGUACAGAUGCCUUGUCAGAGAGAGACCUGCCAACUUUGUCAUAAAACCCUCGCCAUUCUGUUAACUGGUGUCCUGUAAUUAAAUGGCCUGUUUCUUCUGCUUCAUUAGAGGUACAUUGUCAAGUACCCAUGAGAAAUAAGACAGGCUAAAUCUCGUAAUAAAGCCAUAUUAUUUUAGUGCUACACGAUAAAAGGACAGGUUGUCCAGCCGAAAGAAGAAUAAAAUGUAUCGGAAAUGUUUCUUAAAAAUUUCAAGACACCGUUCUCAUCUUGGCUGAGUACACAGUCUCCUCCUUCCUUGAAGAUUGCAAGAACUAGGCACAGGCAUGUGCAAUACACAAUGAGGUGAUUAUUAGUUAGGAUUGUGUGGAUUACUGAGCACGACCAUCUCCACUAUACAGUGAGGCGCAUACACCAUUAGCUUGUGUUGUAGCGCUUGUUUGUCAACAUUGCUGUGUCUGUUUACUGUGAAUCGUUUUCUGUUUCAUGUGCACCAUCGAGUCAAACGAGGUGCACAGAACUGCUUAGCUUGCGGGUAUUCAAACGAUCGAUUUGAAACAUUUUCACAAGUAACCAGCUGGAAAUAUUUGUGCAUCUCUUUAUCAGUGUUUAUUUUCCCUUUUUGGGUACAGAAAGCAGCCCCAAACGGAAAAAGGGUUUUAACGAAGAUGUGGUUGUGCUCUGAUUUUGUUCUGCAUGGUUCUUGGUGAGUGAAUCUUAGAGUGAGCAAGUUCAGGUGAAGAACUAUGUUCGUGAGUUGAUAGACACGUGAGUUGUUGAGUGAGUGGGUGGAUGAGCAUCUGAUAAGUGAGCGAUGAAAGGAAAAUAGCUUGAUUUCUUGUCAUUGUUAUAAAGUUAUUUAUAAGUUUAGCCCUUACAGCUCAGACCCGAGGAAGCAAAUAUAUCCUGCCAAUGACAGUUCUUUGAGGAACUCCCGUGUACUGAUUGCAGAAAGUACGGUUGUCCCAGAGACAACCGACAUAAACAGACUGCCUUUGGGAACACAAAAGUGAAUGUGAUACAGAGAUUAAAACUAUGCGGAUUUAUUUUUCCCGAGAUGAAUAUGGAACCAACAAAAUCAGCCAAUCAGAUUGCACUUGUGUCCAAACCUACAUCAUAAAAUUUGUAGUUUUCACCAUGUUUGGUAAAGCCGCUAAAGUACAGUGGUAAAAGUCAGGUUUUUUAAAAUAAUUUCUUUCAGCUUCCUUCUUAUGUGCAUGAGUUAUUGUUUUUUAUAGCUCUUAACAUUUUUUGUUUUGUUAGUCUGCUCGCUCGAGAAGCAUGCCUCUGGGUUACUGCAUGUGUUAACGUUGGAAUUGGGCUUUGAAUUUAACCGUUUUAACUGCGUUUGUUUGGACCUUCUUUCUUUGGUUGAUCCCCUUAUUCGUCUUGGGAACAAUAAUUUCAUCCCCGGUAAACUUUCAAACUAAUUAUUAUCUCUCCUGUCGCCAGACAGAACUUACGUAUUAUUGCCAAAGAAAUCGUAAUUAUCACAGUUGCAUUACAAAGAUGAAUGUCAUAAUACGAGUAUGCUGCAUUUAACCAGUAAAUCCUGAUUGAUCAGCAUGUCAUAGGCUCGCACCUACUCGACAAGUUUCAGCAUUCUCACUUGUGCAUCACGUCCUCUGUAUAGAGAGUGAGCUCUAGGGGCUUAACUUCGUUUUGCUUUCUUCACUUAUAAAUUUGUCUCUGUGGCUGGCCCUAUACACCUCAGUCAAAUUUUCUUACCUGUUGAAAGUCUCUACUGUGCUGUUUAUUUAUUUUUAAAAGAUUUGCUUAAUUUUGCAAGGAUUUGUGGGGUAAAGGUAGGGGUAUCUGUUCUCUGCUCAUCACUUAAGUUCGACAUUUGCCCCUAUCCCUAACUGACAGACUCUGCAUGCACAAUUCAGUUGUAAAAUAACAGAUACCUGCGCCUCACUCUCAUCUUUUGUUGAACCUAAAUAAAUUUGUAAUUGCCAGAAGUACAUCUGUUAGACAACAACUGAAUCGUGCUUACAGAGUCUGCCAAAUGUUGCGAACUAAAGUUCUGGCUAGCUAAAAGAUCGUGAACUAACGUGUUCUAAUCAGGUCUCUUCCAGCAUUAAUGUAUUUCAUACACAACCGUGGAUUUGACUAUCCAUUUCGUGGCGAAAGCCUGUGAGAAAGCCCUUUGACAGACAGCUGUGAACUGCAUUCUUGUUUAUUGUUGUGAAAUCCAACUUUGUUAUUCUUGUAGUACAAGGCCACAAGUCGCAGAAUGGCAGUGGGCCUUCCCAGCCAGCUUCAUCGAUAAGCUUCAUGAUGGUUUUGAGCUGAUGAUAUCUUAUGUUGACCGUCUGCCAGUCCUUUUGUUUUCUACGGUGCUUUAUGUUCAUGUACGAUGCAUUUACGUAGUAUUUAUCAAAUAAAUACCAGCUUACA